AUGGACGGCCUCCAGGGGGCCGCGGACGGUUCCGGGAACGAAGCCCGGGACGGGGAGGCCUCCGACGUCUCCGCGCCCAGGGGCAGCAGCUUCGGCGGCCGGUCUCCACCCCCGGGCGAGUCGGGCGGGUCGCGCUCCCCGUCGGAGACGCAGCCCGUGACCGCCGAGACCUCCGAGGAGGUCGCCGUCGAAGUGGAAGAAGAGGCCGCCUCGGAGGCCGCGGAGCCCCGGGAGGAGCCCGCCGCGCCCAGCGAGGCCGAGGGAGGCGACGCUCCCCGCGCGCCCGACGGGCCUGAGGGGGCCGAAGCCGAGGCCGAGGCCGAGGCCGAGCCCGAGCCCGAGCCCGCGGUCGAGGCUGAGGCUGAGGCAGAGGCCGAGGCCGAGGCGGAGCAGGAGGAGCCGGAGAACAUGGCCGGGGAUGAGGCCGAGGAGCCCGCCCUGCCGCCGUCCGAAGGCGAAGCGGAGGAAGCCGAGGAGAAGGAGAUGGAGGAGGAGGAGGGGAGAGAAGAGGAGCAGGCGGAGGAGGCCGAGGCGGAAGGGAAGAAGGGAGAGGAGCCGCUGGAAGAGAGGGGAACGGGAGAGGAGCGGGAGGAGGCCGAAGAGCUGCCCGAGGAGGCGGAGGCGGCGGCCGAGGAGGGCGAAGACGAGGAGGAGGAAGCAGCAGCAGCAGCAGCGGCGGCGGCGGAGGAGCCGAGAAGGAAAACCCUGCCCCGGGGCCCCUCACUUCAGGACCAAGACCCCGCCAGCUUGGAGGCGCCGCCGGCCCGCGCGGCCAGCGAGCAGAGGCUGGAGAGGGGCGAGGAGGGGGAGCAGGAGCAGGAGGCGCAGGAGGCGGAGCUGGACGGCCUGACCCUGCGGAGGCUGGUCCCGAAGGAGGGCGAGCCGGAGCCGCGGGAGAGGAGCCUGCAGUGGACCCUCGAGAUGGAGAAGGAGCAGGAGGUGCAGCUGCGCGCCGAGCUCCUGCACCAGUACCAGACGCUGAUGGCCGAGCGCAGCCGCUACCAGCGCUACAACUUGUUCCUGCAGUACAAGAUCAACGAAGCGCUGCGCAAGAAGGCCCUGGAGACCAAGGCGGCCGCCUCCGCCACCGCCGCCGCCGCCGGCGCCCCCGCCACCCCCGCCACCGGCUCCGCCACCACCUCCACCUCGUCCACCGACGUGCCGUCGGACAAGGGGCCGGAGCCCGAGUCCCCCGAGAAGGAGCAGGCCUACCUGGGCUACGUGACCAUGCUGGAGCACCUGCGCAAGCAGCAGAUGGACGACCUGGCCUGGUACCACGAGGAGCUGGAGGAGGCGAAACGGCAGUGCCAGUACACGCUGGAGCACGCGGACAAGGACUGGAAGAAGUUCCAGGCGCUCAAGAAGCAGGUGGCCAUGCAGGCCAUGGGCAGCUGCCGGAUGAGGGGUGGGCGGCAGGUGGCGCUGCGGGAGGUGGAGCAGAUCCUGGCCCUGGAGGACAAGAAGGAGCAGGAGAUGCGCGCCGUGCGGCUGGAGAACGUGCAGCUGAAGCAGUGCCUGGUGCACUUCGAGACCAGGAUGAGGGCCCAGGAGGACCUGACCGAGGGCCUGCACCUCAUCGACUUCGAGCAGCUCAAGAUAGAGAACCAGACGUUCAACGAGAAGGUGGAGGAGCGCAACGAGGAGCUUUCGAAGCUGCGCCGCAAAGUCAGCAGCAACGUGCAGAUCGUGACCCACGUGAAGGAGAAGCUGCACUUCGUGGACUGCGAGAACAUGAGCAAGAAGGCGCAGCUGCAGGAAAUGGAAGCUCAGCUGGCCCUCCGGAGGGACGUCCUCACCAAGACCAAGCAAGCCCGCGACAGCCUGCGGCUGGAGAACAUCAGGCUGAACCAGAAGUGUGGGCUCCUGGACAAGCGCUCCCUGCUGCGGGAUUUGGAAGACAAGGUGAAUAAGACGGCGCUGCUCAGCGAGCGCCUGGAGUCGCUGAAGCGCCACCAUGCCAGCCUCACAUUGUCUUGCAGAGGCAUGAAGCAGAAGAUUGGGGAGGCCAAGACCUUUGUCCCCUUCUGAACAGAAAUGAGAAGCCAGAGCUGCUAGCCCACGGCUGUGCACUCAGCCACAAUCAGCUUGAGGCUCCAUCUCUUGCUGUUCUUUUGAAGGCCUCUUUCACUUGGGGUGGAACCACAUUUUGUCACAAACUCAAAAUUGCAGUCUCCUGACACUGACCUAGAUCAGUACUUUUACUAUCGGUUCCAUUGACCCAGCCUGAGACGCAGCUAGACCAACUCUC